AUGCAAUCAAGCAACCACCGCCCGGCAACACCCUCUCUCCGGCGGAGGAUCUCCGACGCCGCCGCCACGAAGAGGCUCCCGGCGGCUGUCAAUGCCGAUCGAAACGACGCGAUUGGGAGCCUCGCGAGCAAGGCUUCUAGCGGGGCCGCGAAACUCGCAGAAACCAUGUCCGGUUUUCUCAGUAAUCUGCAAAUCGAGAUACCGCCGCGGCGGCGGCGGCGAAAGGGUUUCGACAGUUUGAAUAAAUUCGACGACUACACGGCCGUUGGGAGCUUUGCGGACAUGGCGGACACUCCCGCCAUGUCCCCGAAGGAAGACAUAUCCUCGAAAUGGCGAGAACUCCAAGGCUGUCGCGAGUGGGAAGGGCUUCUCGAUCCGCUCCACCCGUGGCUGAGACGAGAGAUUAUCAAAUACGGCGAAUUCGCGCAGGCAACCUACGACGCACUCGAUUCGGACCCGUACUCCGAGUAUUACGGAAGCUGUUUGUACAGCCGCCAUAAGUUGCUCCACAAGUUGGGGCUUACGAGGAGUGGGUACGAGGUUGUCAGCUACAUCUACGCCAUGUCGUCGAACAUAGAUUACAUGCCGGAAUGGGUGGAGGGCUCGAGCUCCAGCUUCGUCCGCGCGUGGAGCAAAGAUUCCAACUGGAUCGGGUUCAUCGCCGUCAGCAACAACGAAGAGACGCGGCGAAUCGGCAGGAGAGACAUCGUCGUGUCGUGGCGCGGCACCGUCACGCCGUCGGAAUGGUGGGAAAAUAUGCAGAACAAGUUAGAGCCAAUCGGGCUCGGCGACGCCAAAGUGGAGCGCGGUUUUCUCAGCAUCUACACCUCCAAAAGCGACUCCACAAGGUACAACAAGCACAGCGCGUCCGAACAAACCAUGCUCGUCUUACAUAAACUGGUAGAUUUCUACAGAACCAAAGGCGAACCCCUCAGCCUGACCAUCACCGGCCACAGCCUCGGCGGCGCACUGGCCGUGCUCAACGCCUACGAAUCGGCGGUCCAUUUCCCGACCAUCCCAGUCGCCGUAAUCUCCUUCGCGACGCCCAGGGUGGGCAACAUAGCCUUCCGGGACGAGGUUUACCAGAAGGGCGUGAAAACGCUAAGAGUAACAGUGAAGCAAGACUUAAUAACCAGAUGGCCCGGCGUCGUCUUCAACGAAGGCCUCCAGAAGUACGACGACUUCACGGGGCCGCUGGAGUGGGUUUACACGCACAUAGGAGCAGAGCUGAAACUAGACGUUAGGUGGUCGCCAUAUCUGAAAGGUGGGAUAAACUUGUUUGGGUGUCAUAUGCUUGAGACGCACCUGCACCUCGUGGAUUGUUUCUGCAGCUCAAGUGUGAGGUUUAGGGAAGAUGCAAAGAGGGAUGUGGCGUUGGUGAACAAGGAUUGUGAUAUGCUUGUGGAUGAGCUUAGAAUCCCUCCUAAUUGGUACCAAUUGGCAAAUAAGGGUUUGGAGCGCAAUGGCUAUGGGAGGUGGGUGAGGCCUAAAAGGGAGGUUGAUGAUAUUCCUUCACCUUCUUCUCAGUUGUUUUAA